CCCUAUUCAAGUAGGAGGAGGAAGAGCAGGGAAAAGAAGGACUAGAAGCCUCUAUCUUAGGCACUAAAGUGUGAGGAGUGGGGAUGUGGUUAGCAGGGUGAGAGAAGCUAUCAUCCUGGUCUUACACAAGUGCAGUAUUCUAGGGCAAAAAGGAGGUGUCAGGAAGCAGAAGGCCAGACCCAACCAACACCCCACAGAGCAAAGCUGGGCGGGCGCUCAGCACUAGACUUCAGUGCCUCCCACCCCCGUCCGGCCCCGAGAACUUAGUCAGGGCUGGCUGAGUGCCUACAAGGUGUCCGGUGUAGAAAGAAGUGCCCUAGAGAAGCGAGUCGCAGGAUGCGAAGUCAGUCAAAAGGCUUCACCGAAGAGACACCUUCAGCACAGAUUGGCCAACGGCUCAUUUCAACCCUGCCUCGUUGGUGGCCACUGGAGAAACGCGGGGGGCUCCCCAGACAGCCGUGGGGACAAGUUAGAGCCAGCACUUAAGCCCAGGCCUCGAAUGUAGCUUCCCCUCUCCUGCUCACGGGGGGCCCCGUGUCUGGAGUGGAGUGUGGGUGUGGGGGUGUGCCCUCUGUACUGGUUCCACCACCCGAGCAACUCCCUGAGCUUGUGUUCCAUCUCAUCUUGUUUCCUGCACGGUGGUUGAAGGGAACCGCUUCCUAUCAUGUCCCGGUAUAGCUACCAAAGUCUUCUGGACUGGCUCUAUGGGGGUGUGGACCCCAGCUUUGCAGGCAAUGGGGGCCCCGACUGUGCUGCCUUCCUCUCUUGGCAGCAGCGGCUGCUGGAAAGUGUGGUGGUCCUGACCGUGGCCCUGUUGGAGAUCCUGGUGGCCCUGCGGCACAUCCUGAGGCAGACGAAGGAGGACGGUAGGGAUGGCCGUGGCUGCCAGCCAGAGCAGGUGACCCAGCGGCCAGAGGAAGGCAAGGAGAGCCUGAGCAAGAAUCUGCUCUUAGUAGCCCUGUGCCUGACCUUCGGGGUGGAGGUGGGCUUUAAGUUCGCCACCAAGACCGUCAUCUACCUGCUCAACCCCUGUCACCUGGUCACCAUGAUGCAUAUUUUUCUCCUGGCCUGCCCUCCAUGUCCGGGAGCUAUCAUCAUCUUCAAGAUACAGAUGCAUAUGUUGAAUGGAGCUCUUCUAGCCUUACUGUUUCCUGUGGUAAAUACCCGACUGCUCCCCUUUGAAUUGGAGAUAUACUACAUUCAGCAUGUUAUGCUCUAUGUGGUACCCAUCUAUCUGCUUUGGAAAGGAGGUGUUUACACCCCAGAGCCCCUCAGCUGUUUCCAGUGGGCACUUCUCUCAACUGGCCUCAUGUUCUUUUAUCACUUCAGUGUCUUACAGAUCCUGGGCCUGGUCACCGAAGUGAAUUUGAACAACAUGCUGUGUCCGGCCAUCUCAGACCCAUUCUACGGCCCCUGGUAUCGCAUCUGGGCCUCGGGACACCAGACUCUCAUGACCAUGACCCACGGGAAGCUGGUCAUCCUGUUCUCAUAUAUGGUUGGGCCCUUGUGUAAAUAUCUGCUGGAUUUGCUCCGGCUUCCAGCCAAGAAAAUAGACUGAAGGUGGUUUUUUUCUCUCCCUGAGGAAACAAGUCCUGACUUGAUUUGAAGAACACCCAGUUCUUAAUGAAACCUUGGGAGAGGGCA